AUGGUAUGGUGGUGGCGAUAUCACGAGGAGCUCGAACGACUACCAGGUCUACUUCAGUUCCGAGGUACCGAUGAAUAUAAUGACAAAGAAGCCGUCGCGUUAAGGCGUGAUGAACUUCAAGUACUUACCGGUUGCAAUUUCCAUCUUUUGAACGCUGUGCUUGAUCUCAAAGAUGAUUCAGAUACCCUCGGCCUCAGCUAUGACGAUUUUCUAUCACUAUUAGUGCAAAGGGAGCCAUUCCGUUCGAUCCGGGCCGCGGUCCGGGAUAUCGCGUUUAGCGUUGGAUUUAUAGACAGUAACAUGUAA